AUGGAACCAAGUCGGUGGUCUGUUCUCGUGGUAGAUCGUGUCUGUCAAGAAAAAACUUAUAGCUCACAGACGACUAAAGCAUCAAAUACAAACAAUAGUUCACAUACACUGUCAGCUUAUGGAAUAAGUGAUAACAUCAUAAAAACGGACAAUAACAAUAAUAGCAAUACAACCCAUACAAAAAUAGAGGAUGAAGUGGCAAAAAAGAAUGCAGAAGAUCUUGUAAAUAUAUUACUGGAAAAUUUUGCAGAAGUGAUAACUGUGUCAUCCGGUAAAUUAGCAAUGGAAACACUAAAUAAUCGACAACAAAUAGGAUAUCCAACGAUUUUACUGAUUGACAUUGAUAACAAAGAUAUAAAUCGAUCAAUAGGACGAAGAGAAUCUUUUGUUGCCAUCGAAGGUGUAUCAAUGUCAACCUUCAGCAUUACUGAUGAAAGUGAUCCCUUAUACGGAUUGGAUUUAUUAAGACAUGUCCAUCAAGAAAAGCGGAAUGGCUCAUUGGAACAAGUUGUGCCAAUUAUUUUUUCAAAGAAUGAUUCUUCGGACUUUAUGGUGGAAUGCAUGACUAUGGGUGCUUCUGAUUACCUGAUAAAACCGAUUAGAUCGCAAGUGGCCAAAACAAUGUUCUUGAAUUUAUAUAGAACGUCUUCAUCAGAGAGUAGACCACAAAGCUCGCCUUCUUCGAUAACAUCAUCUAUUGAAGAUACACGAACAAUAUCUCGAAAUAGAACAGAUCCUUUCGAAGAAAGGAUCCAUGACGUGUUUGUAAGAGAUAAAUGGUUAGCAGAAACUAUUGUGGAAUAUUAUACGCCGCCAGAAUCAUCAUAUAAACUUUCGUAUACUCCAAGUUUGUAUUCUGCUGAAACACUGGAACGACUGAAAAAACGAUUAACCAAGUGGGAUUUUCAGCCAAGUGAUUUAUCGGAUGAAGAUUUGAUGAGUUGUGUCGUGAUUAUUUUCGAACACGUGAUGAAAUUGGAAGAAUUGGCCGCACUGAACAUAUCAAUGGCAAUUCGAAAAUCUUAUUAUGAUAGUAAUCCUUAUCACAACUUUCGUCACGCCGUUGAUGUUUUACAGGCAAUGUUUUACUUCCUAAUGCAAAUGGAGUUAUUACCGCCGUUUUUUCCCGAAAAUGUUCGGACAAGGAUAAACCCGAAUCGACGACGUGCAAAUGAUUUGCUGAGACCUAUUGAUUUGUUUGCGCUAUUAUUGGCGUCCAUUGGGCAUGAUAUUGGGCAUCCGGGUGUGAAUAAUAGUUUUUUGAUAAAUUCAAAAACUCCACUAGCUCAAUUAUACAAUGAUCGAUCGGUGUUGGAGAGUUUUCAUGCGAUGGCAUUGUUCCAGAUAAUGCAAAAGCACGGAUUUAUUUAUGGACCAAUAUGCGGGGUGGAUUAUUCUGAAUUUCGAAAGAUAGUAGUCCACGCAAUUCUAGCCACUGACAUGUCUCUGCAUCACGAAUACGUCGCCAAGAUGAAGGAGACAACAAAAAAUCUCGAACAAAAUUUGAAUCCAUCAUCAGCCGAGCUUGACAAAGAGCGUCUCACCAUUAUCGAGGCGCUGAUCAAGUGCGCUGAUAUAAGUAAUACCGCGCGACCAUAUGACAUUGCCGCCAGUUGGACAAAAGUGUUGUUAGAAGAAUUUUGGUGUCAAGGAGAUCUGGAGAAAAAAUUGAGAUUACCGGUCGGACCAAUUAAUGGCCGAGAUAUUUCUCAACCGGACAUACAAAUCGAAUUCAUUGAACAGGUUGCCAUGCCAUUAUUUCAGAGUUCUCAAGAGUUGAUACCCGAGAUGAAUUUUUGUUUAGGCCAUCUCGAAUCGAAUAGAAAGCAUUGGCACGCUAAAAAAUCUGGCAACGAAUAUAAUAUGCAUAAUAUUGCUCCUUCUGAUCGUCAACAGAAUCUACCGAUAAUCUCAUCAAUACCUGAAGCUCAUACUCUUCACCGACAAUCAUCUGCUACAUCAUAUCUUCGACCAAUCCCUUCCUUACCUGAUGGACCAGGAUCAGAUGUUCCUUCAGAAGACUUUAAAUCAGUGAUGCGUGACGGCGGUUCAGAUAUUCCAUUGACGUUAGGAUCAAUUGGAGGUCACACGAGAAAUGCAGUAGACCGAUGUUCACCAUUACUGACUACUAAUAUACUCUCUUCAAUUGGGCGGCGUCGAAGACGGCGAUCUGCUUCAUUGGCACCGAGCCCUAAUAAUAAUCCUAUGAAAGAAAAUAAAGAAGAUAUAUGUUGUAUAAUUCAGUAG